UUUCAAAAUUUGAAACAAAAAUUUCUGAAAAUAUGGAGUCUUAUGCCGUGUCCUGUCUGUAACUCAUGGCCACAGCAAAAGCAUCACCCAUCUAGUUCACUAGCUUCUGUCCGGAAACAGACACAAUCCAUAUCCAUUUUAAAAUUCUUACAUGAUUUUGAGUUAGUAGACAAAUAUAUAUUUUUUAAAGUUACAUGUUUUGGAAGUUGUUCUAGAUUCUCUCUACUCUCUUUUGUUUUAUCUGUGUUUGAAAUCUCUCUUACCUCGUCUUUGUUAGCUCAACUGUAUCUUUGUCAUUUUUCAACCCCACUUUUCUCUGUGUAAUUGACUCUUUCAGCCUCUACAUUUGAAUUUCAAGAGAAAAUUUGAGAGAAUAAGAAGAACCCAGUUGACAAACGAGUGCAUUCUUUUUUUUCUGACAAACAAAGCUGAAGAAGAACCAGAAGAGCUGACAACCAGUUUCAAGUUGGAUUUAGGCUAUUUGGGUGCUAUUUUAUUUUUCCAAGUCUGAAGAAAGCUCGGAUCUUUGAGGAUUUAUGAUGCUUGUUUGUAUAUGGGAGGGAUAUAGAAGCCAAGCUACUGCGGAAAUUCCAGGGUCUGCUUUAUUUGAUAAAAGCCAAAGCCCAUGAUCACAGGAUGUGUGACUCGUCGGUUGUGCAAUCUGCCGUAUGCCAAAAUGAUUCUAUCUCCAACUCUUCACAUUCUAAGGCAGGAUCUCAGUUAGACAUUGUCGGAGAACUUCAAAGCAGUAACUCAUCCUUUGAGGGAAGGAAUUAUAGCAAAGAGACUGGAAGUGUUGAAUCAUGUUUUAAAAGCAGUGAUUCUUGUCCUUAUAGGUUUCAGCUCGAGCAGGAUGUACAUAAACUACAGCAAAAGCUGCAAGAAGAGAUAGAACUGCAUUCUAUUCUGAAAAAUGCUAUAGAGAAAAAUGCUACAGAAUUGUCAAUUCCUUCAUGCCUCCCGCACCAUGCUCAGGAGCUUCUAUCUCAUAUUGCAGUAUUGGAGGUUACCAUCUCAAAACUUGAACAAGAGAUGGUCUCUUUGCAUUUCCAGCUUAGUCAAGAAAGAAAUGAAAGGAGGCUUGCUGAAUACCGUUUGAGGCAUUCAUUUUCUCCAUCAAUUUCACCUUCAUCAAGGUGUUUGAAGCACUCAAAUUCUGAACUGCAUCAUUCCUCAGAAGAUAACUCAUGCCAAGAGCCUACAGACCAACCAACAGAGUCUACUGGUGAAUCAUCUUCUACGGAGUCAGUAAGAGAGCAGAAUGCAGUGGACUCACUUUUUCAUCUUGAUGGAAAGAAAAUAUCUGCAAAGACGGAUGGCAAAUCUUGUCAACCUUUACAGUUUGAGAAGAUUGCAAGAGGCAUACCACCUCAAGGCCUCUGGGAUCACCCUAACCAAUUAUCAGAAGAGAUGGUAAGAUGCAUGAGAAAUAUAUUCAUAUUUCUUGCAGAUUCAGCUAUACCUUCCAAAUCAUCUGCACUUGAGAGCCACAGCUCAACUCUAUCACCAUGGGGUCAUCUUUCAAAUUCAUCAUGGUGGUCAUCAUCUGAACGCUCGAUGAUUCCAUCAUGGGUGCAGAGCCCUCAAAUUGAUAUUCAAAGCAACUCUGAAGUUUUGGCUUCAGAGAAUUCCGUUGAUCCCUAUAGAGUACGUGGAAAAUUAAGCUGGGCUGAAAUUGGAAACUAUAGUUUAGCGACUGAAGUAUCUUGGAUGUCAGUUGGGAAGAAGCAAUUAGAAUAUGCAUCAGGGGCCUUAAGGAGGUUCAGAAUACUCGUGGAGCAGCUAGCCAAAGUGAAUCCAAUACACUUGAGUAGCAAUGAGCAGCUUGCCUUCUGGAUCAACUUGUAUAAUGCUCUAAUUAUGCAUGCUUACUUAGCGUAUGGAGUUCCAAGAAGCGACUUGAAGCUCUUCUCCUUGAUGCAAAAGGCAGCAUAUACAGUUGGAGGCCACUCUUUCAGUGCAGCUGCAAUCGAAUAUGUCAUUCUGAGGAUGAAACCACCUUUGCAUAGACCGCAAAUUGCUUUGCUUCUUGCCCUUCACAAACUGAAGGUGUCAGAUAAGCAACGCAAGUCCGCAAUUGAUACGUAUGAACCACUUGUAUCUUUUGCUCUCAGUAGUGGGAUGUACUCAUCACCUGCGGUGAGGAUCUACACUGCAAAGAAUAUUAGGGAGGAGCUUGAAGAAGCUCAGCAUGAUUUUAUAAGAGCUUCGGUUGGGGUUAGCAGCAAGGGGAAGCUAUUGGUUCCAAAAUUACUGCACUGCUUUGCAAAGGGCUUCGUGGACGAUUCUAAUUUGGCUGUAUGGAUAUCUCAUUACCUUCCAUCCCACCAGGCUGCCUUUGUCGAGCAAUGCAUAUCACAAAGGAGGCAAAGCCUUCUUGGUUCCCGUAACUGUGGCAUUCUUCCCUUCGAUUCACGCUUCCGUUACUUGUUCCUGCCUGACAAAAUUUCACUCCAAUGAUGUCUAUAUUAGCUUUAACAUCCAUACCCAGCCUUUCUUGUUAAUUUGAACCAUACACAAUACUAAGCUAGCUACAAAAAUUAGGUUGUAUUCACGUCCAUGUGAAUCUUAGCAUCCUUGAGAGAAGACAAGGUUCAUUGCAGUUUUGUCCUUUUCCCUUGAAUCCAGUGAUAUCAUAAUUCCAGUACCGAAAUAAUAAAAAUGACAUCCUUAUUUGGGUGGUGUACACUGUCUUCGUGGCUACUAGAAGUAAAUAAAGAGCUGUCCAUGAUGGUAAAUACUUGUUGGGACAUAUCAUUUGCUGA